ACAAAUAACUCCAGUGACUCCCUGAGAGUUAAGUGGAAAGGUUGUCUUUGCCAAGAAAAAUUUAGCAUUUAAAAUCAGAUCCAGAGAAGGAUUACAAACAGUCAUCUAGUGCUGCAUUGAGGAAAGCUGCCCCAGGUAACAGCCAAUCUGGUCACACUAGUAUUUCACACUUGAUCAGGCAGUUAUUGGGAGUGGUGCUGGGCACGUACGAGGUGGUCUUGUCGCAGAGAAGUUCUCUCUCUCCUCUUGUCUAUCUACUUUAGAGAAAACCCUUCACUUCACAAGUUUCACUGCUCAAAAGAGAAAAAGUAAGAAACUAUACAUCAUGGAACUUCAGAAACUAACAAACGGUCACCACCAUGAAUUUCAACAUCUUGAGGAAGGAGAGUCACCUGAACGAGAGGAGUUUUUACCACACAAGAGUGAUGGAGGAAAACCCCCUCAGUUUACAGAUUUUGAAGGAAAGACAUCAUUUGGAAUGUCUGUCUUCAACCUUAGCAAUGCCAUCAUGGGUAGUGGGAUUCUGGGACUGUCCUAUGCCAUGUCCAACACUGGUCUCGUCCUCUUUCUAGUCUUGUUGACCUGCAUUGCUGUCUUAUCAUCAUACUCUGUCCAUCUUCUGCUGAGGAGCGCAGGGGUUGUGGGUAUUCGUGCUUAUGAACAACUGGGUAAACGAGCGUUUGGACACCCGGGAAAAAUACUGGCAGCUCUUGUCAUAACAUUACACAACAUUGGUGCAAUGUCUAGCUACCUCUUCAUUGUGAAGUAUGAAUUACCUCUGGUUAUUCAGGCUUUCCUUGGCCUUCAGCACAGCAGUGGUGAGUGGUUCCUGAAUGGCAACUAUCUGAUCGUCAUUGUGUCCAUUUGCGUCAUCUUGCCACUUGCCCUGAUGAAACAGCUUGGAUACCUGGGCUACACCAGUGGCUUCUCUCUGACAUGUAUGGUUUUCUUCCUGAUCUCAGUCAUCUAUAAGAAGUUCAAUAUCCCGUGUCCUUUCGAUGGUUUUACCAACCACACUGCUGAAAACAUAACUAUUGAUGGGGAAUGUGAAGCUAAAUACUUCACCAUCAACCAGCAGACAGCCUACACGGUUCCCAUCUUGGCCUUCGCCUUUGUAUGCCACCCUGAGGUGCUGCCGAUCUACACUGAGCUGCGCAAUCCAACAAAGAGACGCAUGCAGGCCAUUGCCAACGUGUCCAUCCUGGGGAUGUUUGUCAUGUAUCUGCUCACUGCCAUCUUUGGCUACCUCACCUUUUAUUUAAACACGGAAGCAGAACUUUUACACACCUACAGCAAGGUGGAUCCUCUGGACACGCUCAUCCUGUGUGUGCGUGUGGCCGUCCUGGUGGCCGUGACUCUGACUGUUCCUGUUGUGCUCUUCCCGAUUCGCAGAGCUCUUCUUCAGCUUCUGUUCCCUGAUAAGCCCUUCCAUUGGGUGCGUCACAUCUCUAUUGCAUUGUGUCUCCUUUUUGUUGUCAAUCUGCUCGUCAUUUUUGUGCCCAACAUUCGUGAUAUUUUCGGCAUCAUAGGUGCAACCUCUGCUCCAAGCUUGAUCUUCAUCCUCCCGGGUCUUUUUUACAUCCGAAUCGUUUCCACCGAGCAAGAGCCAAUGAACUCAAGACCAAAAAUUCAGGCUGCCUGCUUCACUGCUCUAGGCUUCAUCUUUAUGAGCAUGAGCUUGACGUUUAUCGCACUGGAUUGGGUCUACGGAGAGAAUCGAAGUGGAGGAGGUCACUGAUCUUCAACCACAAAACUGUAAGGGUCCAAAAAGCCUUUGAGGAACAUCAUCACCCCUUCUCUUUCCUGAAUGUGAGAGAAUCCAAAACAUCACUUAGGCUGGACCCAACUCACCUCAGAUCUGUUACCCCGCUGAGUAAGGAAAAGGACUGAUGUCCUGCCUGCCAUCUUUAAAAUUAAAAUGGAUAAAUCCUAUGAUGUUUCUUCAUGGUGGAGGAUUUCUGGGGGACACAGAAAUGUCAUGCCAUUUUGAGGCUGCUUCUACAAUCAGGCUUCAUAACGAUAAAUUAUGUUUGUGUUGUAGAUGGAAGCCCUCUAAAUAGCUUUAGAAUAAUGCUAAAAGAUACAGCACAUGCCAAAAUAAAAAACUGGAGGGGUUUGUUUUAUUGUCUGAUGGAGACAAUAUCAUCUGACCUACCAUCAGACCCAUCAUCUGGUCUUUUGUCCCAUCAAAUGCAAGCCACAGACCCGGAGUGCAAUACUUAGGAAACUGAAACACAUUCUCUUUCUUUAGUUUGUUCAUCCAAAAAUGUUGCGAUAAGAAAAUUCAACAUCAUCUCAGAAUGGCUGCAGACCUGAACUGAAUCUGUCAGCGUCGUUGUCUUUUGUUUUUUUUUGUUUCUUAUCCGAGAACCAAAUUUAUGAAAUUCAAGCUCAGAGAAAAAAAAAAUAUUUGAGAUAAAAAUAUUCAUGAAAUAUUGUGUGAUAAAAACUGCACUACAGUUAAAAAGACAAUCAGCUUUAUACUAUUUCAGUUUUUUUCCCCCUGCUGGAUAUAAUUUACUUUGUCAAACAAAUGUAAGGUACGUACAGUUGCAAUAUUUUUUGUGGUGUAAUGGCAUCUGUUGUUUCAGUUGAGGAACCAGUGGAUAGCUACAAUUAAGGUGCUUACGUUGCUUACAUCACUGUGAUGCAUCUAAUGCAAACAAAACCUAACCUGUGAAUUCAUUUAUUUAUGCCAUAUUCCCAUCGAUCAGUCACAAUCUAACAACAUGUGUCAUACAUGGCCAACCCAUCUAAUUACAUUUCUUUCUCUUUUCAUUCAAAUCUAUUGAUGGAAAAUUAAAAUGUUCCCCCUAAUUACACAAAUUGGAGAAACAAUUUAUAAUUUUUAUUUUUUUAUUUUUUGUGCAGUGGGACCCAAAUGUCCACACUGAAAAAGACCAUAUGGAAAAUCUAGGAUUUAAAAUCCUGUACUCUGGAAAUAAAGUUUUAGAAUUACUAUUUGUAAAAGUUUUUACACAAAAUUACCAACAAUUGCCAAAAGCCGUUAAGACUUUAACCAACGAAACUUUUCCUCCUGGUCCUCUGUAGACAAUGAAAAUGCUUAGGCAGACCUACUCACAGUGUGCACUCCAAACCAUUGCUACGACCAUUAAAAUGAUAGCAGCCCCCCACUUCUUCAAGUUCCCACUGUCCUGCAAUGCCUAUUUAUUCUGUUUUAGGAGCAAUAAAUACAUCGUUUCCAUGACCGUGUUCAAAAAUUGUAUGAGGUUAAAGAUUGACAGUUCCAAUGUGAAACACAAACACAUCAGUUGAACAAUGCCUUUUCUACUGCUUUUACAUUUGUUUGUUGGUUUACUGAACUCACAUUUGACUUUGCCAAAACAUUUUCAAUAAAAAACAAUAUGUAUGUAUUUA